UCCCCGUCUAUGGCUUCCCUGGAGCAGUACAGUUCGCUCGUGUCCAUGCAAGGCCCACUGCAUUCCUGCCGGAAGUGCGCCUAUGUGACCAAGAACAGUGCAAACAUGAAAAGACACCUUCACAAGCACACGGGCGAGCGCCCCUUCCCUUGCCACCUGUGUCCAGCUGCAUUCACUCAGAGCUACCAUCUUAAAGAGCACAUUCGUACCCACACAGGAGAACGUCCCUUUCCCUGUGACCACUGCAAUGCAUCCUUUUCGCUUAAAAAGAACCUUUUGCAUCACAUGCGCACCCACACAGGAGAGCGUCCUUUUUCCUGUGACCACUGCAAUGCAUCCUUUCCUUUGAAAAGCAGCCUCACGGCGCACUUGCUCACUCACACAGGAGAGCGUCCCUUUUCCUGUGACCACUGUGAUGCAUCCUAUAAGUCUAGAAGUGGCCUGAGGCAGCACAGCCUCGUACACAUACGAGUGCGCCCCUUUUCCUGUGUCCACUGCAGUGCAUCCUUUAUACACCAUUACAACCUCAUUCGCCACACCUCAAGUGAACAUCCAAGCAAGACGCCCUGUUCCUUGUCUUUAGCAUCCCGUGUGCGGUGCUAUUCCCUCGUGUCCGUGCAAGGCGGAUGGCAUUCCUGCGGGCAGUGCGCCUAUGUCACCAAGGACAGAAGUAACCUGAACAGACACCUUCGCGUUCACACGGGCGAGCGCCCCUAUGAGUGCCACCUGUGUCCAGCUGCAUUCAGUCAAAGCAACACUCUCACAGAGCACAUUCUCACUCACACAGGAGAGCGUUCCUUUUCCUGUGACCAGUGCAGUGCAUCUUUUUCAUUGAAAAAGUGUCUCGUGAAGCACAUGUCCCGUCGUCAUUCAAAGAAGAAUCCCUAAAGGGCAGGAGCAAUCAUUUAUACAAAGGCAAAAGGAAUGUUGAUUGAUCAAUUAAAUAUCUGUGUUUGUAAGUAACAUCCAAGGUGUAUGAAAUGGUUCUUGGGUGCCUCGGCAAUUGAUUUUGUUACAGCAUACUGCUUAGAGAGAAAUAAUCUCAUUGUUAAUCAUAAUCUCUUAAGUGUCUUUGGGUGACCUUGCAGCCCUGAUGACUAAAGGUUUGAUUUGUCUUGAAUGCGGAUUAGUUGGAAUGUGGUCAUGAUUUGAAACCUUCUUGUAGUUACAUAAGUAGUUACAUAUGUAAUUCAUAAGGAAAACAGAGACAGUUGUGUAAGUGAGGUGUGGCCAUUUCGGUAUGUGUGAAAUUCUUUCCUGCAAGUUUAUCAACGAAGAAGUGGUUUGGUGCACAUUUAAUAUUACUUUGCAGUUAAGCCUGUUUAAAGCAAGCUUCAAUAUAAUGACAUUCUACGUAUAACUAAGUAUUUAUUAUUACAUGGCAGUGCCCAUCGAACUUAUUGUAUUUUAAUAUUAAUGUAAGCAAGCAUAUUAUUCACUGGCUCAAUAUGGCAGUUUCACUGCUUCCGCAAAGGGUGAUUGAAACCAUAAUACGAAACUUGCUGGUGCCAGUGGUCGAAUGGUUACAUGCUUCCUUAUUGGCGGACACAUCUUUUAAUAUUGUGUGCCGCAUCACCCAAGAAGCCUUAAAAGGUCAGGGGCUCACAGGCUUCUUUUUUUCCUUUGGUGGGGGGAUUAAUUGACGUAUUGAUUUCUUUUGGAAGAAGCUAUCAUCUGAAAUCCAUCAGUUAUUGAGUUUUCUAGGGUGUAUUGCUUAUAGAGAAAUCUUUCAUUGUUGACGAUUAAUUCUUAAAUAAGGGCCUUCGUGUGCCAUUGCAGAUAUGCCAGGACGUCGACAGUUUUUGUCCAUCAUCAUUUCUUGUUUCCUUAUGAAAACAUCAGGAAUAAUAUGGCAAUGUCGCCUCAUGUGCCCCCACUCGAAAGCAGGGCAGCAUUGUACUGAAAUGUUGUGCACAGGAUCGUAUUUGCUCACUGGCUCAAUUUGUACAUGUGUGCCCUCUUAAAGCAUCUCACUAUUGCUUACUAUUAAUAGAACGUCUUACUAAUGCUUUGGCACAAGGAACACACUUCGGAUAAGAUUAGUUAAAAGCUAAAAAACUGUCAUGUUUUCUGUCAUCAACAUCCUGUGUAGCCGUUGCCAUGAAUCCAUUGCUGCGCCACUUUAGUGAUCUGGCCAACAUGGUGCUUCAAGAUAAGGAAACAAAUACUAAUCACCCUGAUUACCUUCUUUGAACAUUGACAUCCUAUAUGCUGCUGCAUGGAUGGCAGUGUGAAAGGAGCACAGGUGUUUACUGUGCAAUGUCUGCUAGUUACAAGUGUUUGCCUUCAUAUUGCCCACUAGAGCUUGUCUGUUCGGUUAUGUGAGUAGUUACACAUAAUUAGUCACUGAAAAAUAAUCACUCAAUUACAAAACUGCUGAGAAAUGUUGCUGAUUGCCAGUAAAGUGUUACGUGCAAGUCUGGUUGAUGCCGUGGGUAAAAGUUUGUGUGGGUAUACCGUGAGUGCUCUGGCUACUGGAUCUCUGGAGGUUCUGCAGAUGUUUACAUCGUUACUACAUUGCAUGCUUCGGACAUUGCCAUAUUAUAUGCAUUCCACUAACAUCCUCAUGGAAAUCAUUCACUUUUUUGCCCCGUUACAUUGCUCUUAUUCUUGAGAUUGCGAAGUCUGUGUGGGGAUGUUUACUGCCGGCUGCAUUUGUUAUGUUAUUAUGAGACAAGUGAAAUCAGAUAUUUGUUUUUGGACCUGAUAGUUUAUUGAUAUUCUGAAGAAACGAGUGGAUUUCAUUGCAGUGUAUAAGUUUCAGUCAUCAGCGUCAAGGAAAUGUGUGCCUGUCUUUACAAAGCGCUGUUUCAGGCUGCGUUUGUAUCAAUGAAUGCUCAUAUACUUCCAGGUCGGUUCAGCAGUGCACCUGUUCGUGCAAGUGUAGCUCAGAGAAAAGCAUUUGCAGUUAAUUUACCAGAACACUUGGUUGUGACACUUCGUCUUUUUUGCACGUCAGGAUGUUAACAAUGAUUGUUAAAUAAGUUUGCGUCAUUAAUAUUGUUAUUUCAUUAUGCAUUUAACCCGGUCGUCCUUUGUGUUUCUGUAUUUCAUUUGUACUAUUGUACUGAAUAUGAACACUGACAUCGAGCAACUACUAACAUUGCUUUUUUUUUCCUUUUUGCCGUGGUGCUACUUCAAGAACAUUUACUUCUUGAAUGCACUUGAAUAUAAUGUGGCUGUAUUCUUUCCCACCAUCAAAAGUGGCAAAGUUUACUUGGAUCAAUUUCGUUACACGUUUUAUGUCAUGUUGCGUUAAAAGCUGCAUUGGUAUGCUCAAGGCACGCGCAGAUACUUACUGAAAGAUAUGUUAGCAAGUGCCUGCAAUCCAUGCAUAUCACCAAAGUGAAGCACUCAUGCACGCUGCUAUCAAUGUAACAAAACCAGUGUUAGAAUUCAUGCAAUUGCAAAAUUGAGCAUAAAAUAAAGCAGUGUGUUAAAAUCUUUUUCUUCAAACUAAGCAAAAUGGUGACGGAGAGCCACGGAAUUGUAAUGAAAGUGCACGGUGUUGAAGCAUUUAGUAAAGAGUGUGUGUUUGAGAUGGAAAGGAUGGAGUCGAGGAGACGUUGCAAAUACUGAACAAUGCGGGACCGUAGUGCGGGCGAUUGCACAAGAAGCACUUGCUUACAGUUCUUAAAAUAAAUUUGCAACCGAUAUUAGAAAUGUUUUGUUGCUUAUGCUGAUUGCUUUGAAGGUCAGCAAACAUAUUUCGUGUGUAACUCUUGCUUGCCUAAUCUUAGAUUAUUCAUGCAAGUUUCUGGACACCACUUGUAGAUCAACUGGUGCAUUUGGUAUGCUCAUGUUAAGGAUGCCCUGAUGCCUAAAGGGCAUGCAGUUCUUUGUUAAGUUGAAGUGUGCAUUGUUCUCAGUAAGGCAUUGAAAGAGCUUUAACAUUUAGGCAUGCCAAGGUGGCUUUUCAAGUGUGGCUGCAAUUUAUAACCAUCAGGUUCAUUCUAAAAAAGUCUGUUAUAUAUAGCAUUAGUGUAUCAUAUGCUCACAUGUGUUCUUUCAAGUGAUUAAAACAGUAUCUGGGCAAUAUGUCACCUUUAUUAUUCUGAAGUAUCAUCAUGCUUUCAUUGAAGCGCUAUAAAUAUAUUAACGGAUAAUGUGCAGAGAGUUCCAAGACAUAUGGAGCAAUAUUUCUUUGUGUUAUGUACGGAAGUGUGUUGAUAUUUUUUGCCACCACAGCUUGUGAUCCUAAUGUAACGCUUGUAAAUGUUUUUGUUUUCUUUUAGCAGUGAAGCUGCUUAAGCUGCCGUAAUAUGUAUGCCGUAUCGCGAUUCAUAAAUGGGUAUGUGCUACAGAAAUUGGUAAUUCCCGCUACUCACCACUGGUCCACUAAAAAAGAAGGCAAUAGGUAGCCAAACACUGGGGAACGGGAAAGGCAACGGCUGCUGCGAGAAACUAUCGUCAUCGUUAACAGGUGUGUGCCUCAGAAAUGGGGUAAAUCCCACCACUCACCACUGGUCCACUAAAAAGGAAAAAUGCAACAGUUAGCCCAACACUAGGGAAUGAAAAAGGCAACGGCCACUGCAAGAAACUAUCAUGAUCAUAAAUGGGUAUGUGCCACAGAAAUUGGGUAAAUCCCACUACUCACCACUGGUCCACUAAAAAGGAAGAAGGCAACAGUUAGCCCAACACUAGGGAACGAAAAAGGCAACGGCCACUGCGAGAAACUAUCGUCAUCGUUAACAGGUGUGUGCCACAGAACUGGGGUAAAUCCCACUACUCACCACUGGUCCACUAAAAAGGAAAAAUGCAACAGUUAGCCCAACACUAGGGAACGGGAAAGGCAACGGCUGCUGGGAGAAGACCUCAAAGCGAUGGAAGGCCUAUGCCAACGAUGACGUGCCUGUAGAUCUAUGAGAGGUGAGAAUGCUUGGUUUCAGCACGAGUUUGUCUGUGGUUGGACAUCCAUGUCAUGUCUGUGACUGUAUGAGAGGUGCGAACACUUGGUUCCAGUGCAAGUUUCUUUCUCUGGAGUCUGGACAUCCGUGUCGUGUCUGUGACUGUGUGUGGUUUAUCGCGAACUUCUCUACACUGAGAAUCAACAUAGAAAUAGCAUCGCCCAGCAAUGACCUAGAAGCAACCUAGAAACAACCUAGAAGCAACUAGAUUAGUCUUCAGAAUCAUCCAGUUUUGCUGUUUCGAGGCUUGCGCGGCUAAGUGCGAGCUUCCCUUUGCACCUGAACUUCUUUCACUGACAUUUUAUUUCAUAUGUUCAAGUGAUGCUUGACACUUGAUGUAUAGAAGCACCUGUACGGUGGCACAAUGUGUGUCACCAUAUAUAUAGGUACGUCUAUGCGCAAGAGAGUGUGAUAAUUAGCUCAAUGGCCUAUUGCCACAUAUAAUAAUAAAUUUGGGUGUUUAAGUAUAGUAUCUGAAUUUCAUCCUGUAGUCACACAUUUGUGUAUUGGCAGCAGGUUUUUGCAUGUAAGCAUAGUAUUUAUGUACAGAGCGAUGGGAACUUGCGCAAGACAUAGAUAAGCACACUGUCGCCACUGUACCAACGUGUGAAUAGACUAAGGUUAGUUUGUACAGUUUAGCACCUCAGUUACCAGUGCAGCAGCUCAUAUGGCUUAAUGCUGCAGUCGCAGUCUGAUACCAUGCAGUGUGGGACACGUGGUUUGCCUCGCCGUGGUGUUUUUCUUUGGCUUUGCAGGUUCCUCAUCUUUGGCAUUGCUGGAGCAGCACUGUUCACUCGUGUCCAUACAAGGCAGACUGCGUUCCUGCCAGCGGUGCAUCUAUGUGAGCUAGUAAAAGGCAAACAUGCAAAUAAGACACCUUCAUUCCCACUCAGGCUAGUGCCCCUUCCAGUGCCACCUGUGUCCCGCUGUAGUCACUCAGAAGUGCGAUCUCACAAAGCACAUUUGCACCCACACAGGAGAGCGACUUUUUUCCUGUGUCCACUGCAGUGAAUUUUUUUUUUUUGUGCAAAGUUAGCCUCAAAGAGCACAUGUGCAUUGGGAGCAAAGCGCGUGAAUAAAAAUAGGAACACACAAUUA